AUGGUGUCUGCUUAUUUCAACACACCGCCAGCCAACGAAUUCGACGAGCAAAUAGCGGCAGGAUUAUUACUUCUUACCGGCCUUACUCCUGAUAUCAAAGACCCUAAAGAUGGAGUCACGAUUCCACCUUUCCGUCCAACAGACAACUACCACUUUGAGACUAAAGGUCCAGCCGUCAUAGCCGCACUCUCAGUGUGUAUGGUCAUCCUCACGGUUGUUACCUUCCUAAGACUGGGCAUUCGACUCUUCGUCCAUGGGGUCCGUUUUGGUGCCGAUGACUGGCUCAUCAUUCCAGCGUAUCUCCUCUCCAUGGCAUACCCAGCACUUCAAAUUGCUAUGGUUCAGCAUGGAGGAGCGGGAAAGCACUUUUACGACAUCACCUAUCAAGAAUACUUCCAUUACAAAUAUCUCGCGCCAUCAGCCGCCACUGUAUUCUACGUCUAUGUAGGACUUGUCAAAAUGAGCAUUGCCUUGUUCAAUGUCCGAUUGACAACUCUUACGACGCGGUUGUGGAAGAACGUCAACUGGGCGUUCUUCGCCACAUGUGCGGCCUAUACCGUCGCAGCACUGUUUCUGAACGUCUUCAAAUGCAACCCUCAGUACGCGAGUUUCAACCUGCUCCGGAUCGCCGAGUCGGGCAAGGUACCGAAGUGUUUGUCCGUCAACCACAUGAACACCAUCCUCCGCUUGAACCUCGCUCUAGACUUCACUGCUCUCGCCAUCCCGAUAAUUGUAUUGUGGAAAGUUCAGCUGAGCUGGAAGAGAAAGGCCCGCAUCUUUGCCCUGUUGUCCAUCGGCCUGAUCGCCUGCAUCGCGUCAGUAAUGACCCUUGUUUCGCAGUAUACCUUGGAGAAGGAUCCGCUAUGGAACUACACGACUCUACUGGCAUGGAUCAUGGUCGAGAUAGUCAUCAGUCUGGUCGCAGCUUGUGCUCCAACCCUUGCCUACCUUCUUCCGCGCUCUAUGCUCUCGAAGCACCAGGCGUCCAACAGCGCUAGCAAAUCGACAGGUCAAAAGGCAGCCACUGGCUUUGGUUCGCGACCGUCAAGGAACGACGACGCUUUACGGGCACGUUCUAUACAUGGAGAAGACGAGGACAGCGAAGAGGAGUUGGUGGAACGUCGCAUCGUCGUGAAGGAAGACAUUAAGAUGGAGUGGCAGGGCAACAGGCGCAGCAAUGCCCUCGGUGCGCAAGCGGGCCAGCAGUCAAAUGAAAACGGCAGCCUGACAAGCUGGUAUGGUGAUCAGAGCACAAAGACAGGCGCUGUUGUCUAUGAUGGCCGCCAGCACGGAGAGAGGACGAGAGUUUGGGUGAGCGCGGACAUGUCAGGCAGGAACAGUCCUGGUCAUGAAUUUCGCCCCGGACAGGCGAUAUGA